CUCCGGUAGCUCCCAUUGGAGGCUUUGGUACGCCGAUGUGAGUGACUUGUAGGUGAGGGGGCGGGCGCGGUGCUGCUGGAAGAGGAAGCAUGGCUGACACCUGGAGGCCUCCCAGAGAUUGUAAUGAUUACUGGGAUGAAUGGAAAACAUGCAAGAGCCUAAGGAACCGCUUCCAUUACUACUACACUCACGGUGGGGCACCAUCCUGUCAGCAGUGGAAAGCGGACUACAAGACAUGUAAGGAAUGGGAGAAGAACAGGAGCCAGGCAGCUAUGGAAGCUCUUGUAGAGAGUGAGAAUGAAAGGCAGAGAGAGAAACUAAAGCACAACCCAGUAUGGACAAAGAGAAAGCAUCCUCCCCAAGACUGGCAUCUACCCCUGAACAGAGAUAACCCUAACAAAGACUGAGCCUGUCACUCUGUCCGUGAAAUAACGGACUCUGCCUGCUGCCUUACAUGUGCCACAACCGGGUUCUUGUAUUCCUGUGUACAGAAACACCCCCAUCUGUAUUAACAACAACCCUAUUUAAA